GUGGACAAGAAACCCUUUGAGCCAGUGCGCGCUUGGGUUGUGUCCAAGACUGAUGGCCGUCUUCACAUUCUCAUUUACUUCCAGCACUCAGACAGUAGUAGUUACAUCAAUGAAGGCGAGGUCAAGGUGGAGUUGCUCAGCCAUGGAUGUGACAUUGAUGCGGCGCCCAAUCUUGUAGCUGCCUUUGGACUGAGCAAGAACGGGACAACCAUCAUCAUGAUGCCCAACCACACUGGAAUAGACAUUCUGAAUUAUGGACAGGCUAUAAAUCUCUUCCUGGAAGACUAUUCCACCUUUUAUCGUUAUGAAUUGCAAGCCAUCGUGGCGGGCAACCGGACAACCGUACUGAAUGUUAUUCCCUCCGGGAUGCCGCGUCUGAAGGAUGAAUUAGACGCCUCUGGUUUUGACGUUUCGGUGACCAAGUUCUUCACUACUCCUGAAUCUGACCAGAUCCAUGUGGAACUUCAGGUCGACCUACUUUCGCCUAUCCUUCUGGAUCUUCUCAAGUGUACCAGAGGUAGCCUUGAGCUAACGCCAACUUGGAAUCCUGUGGAUAGGAAAAGCGUCUCCCAGCAUAGUUAUCCAACCUUAUUUGACUUUACUGCGCUGAAAACCUUGGAAAGUCUGGAUUUUGAAGUCAAUUUGCUGAUUGGUGAGAAUUCGAGGUCCACGAAAAUACGCCUUCCAAAUCCACAUUUUGAAAAAAUUGUCAUCGAAUUUGACAAUUCCACUGGCAUACUAUCUUGGGAUUUUGUCACGGCUGAGUUGAGACCGGCUGUUAAGGAGUACGUGGUGCUGGUUUCCUUCAACGAUAUCGGCUGUGGAACAACAGAAAAUCUUACAUUGAACUACCUAGCUGCCCUCAACUGUAGGACAAUUAUUAAACUCUGGAGGAAUAUUCACAAUUUUAUUGAUAAUGCAGGCACAAAGACGGGAGGUUGCAUUACCCGCUUAUGGAGUGUGGAACAGCUUUUUAACAAACGAGACAUUUUGGCAAAUUACACAAUAACAAUCAUUCCCAAAUAUUUCUCCUUUGAUUAUAAUCAGCCGGUGUUUGGUACCCCCUCCCAACUGAUGUUCACAUACGGCGUUCAAGGUAAUGUCACCGGACAUUCGACGAUUGCUCUGGCUGCUCAGAACUCCACUCCUAGGACCCAAACAGUCAGCCUUCAACCCUUCAGGAAGGUCCUUUGUGAAAACGCAAAGCCUGAGGAGAUGGAUGCCACCUUUCACUUGAUAGCAUACACCAUACUGGCUCAAGGGAAGGUUGAAAUGCCUUUGGAAGGGGUUGAAUACAAAAAGAUCUUUCCAAAUAGCUACGGCAUAGGCGGGACCUACGAAGUGCGUAACUUGGAACCUGGACGCGAAUAUAAAAUAAAGGUGGAGUCAUCUAAUUUGGGCGUUUACUUCCAAUAUGCAGGUUUCCUCAAAUAUCCAGGACCUCUUUCUGAUUUGGAGUCAGCGGAGGUGACAUUCACAACUCCCGAUGAGAUUCUAGUGCCGGAGAAGUAUGUUCUCAAGGACAUUGGAAGUAGUCUGUUAUUCAACUGCUCGGCGGCAGUGGGUACAGAUCCGAAAUUUCGAAAAGACGUGCGGUGGCUGCGUGCAGAUGGUGAAGCGAUGCCGGAGGGGGCCUUCUCACGCACAGCUGCGAUCCCCGACACCAACGGCUUCCUCACUGCCUCACUCAGUAUCCCUCACGUCAACGAUACCCACGCUGGCAUCUACUGCUGUUCGCCCGAACCCCCAGUCGAACAUUUCUAUGGCAAACCAGCGCACUGCGCCGAGUUUCGUCUCAUCGUGAACGACCUCAAGCUUGACCGAUACGAGUUGGAGGCGAAUCCUGGCAUGGCGGUUUCGGUCACCUGUUCCACGAAGCGUGAUGGGAACCUUCAAUGGCGCGGACCCGAUGGCGAGGUGGUAGCAGAGGCUCACCACACUUCAGCAUCCAACGAGACGGGUGGGGUGCAAAGUCUGAGCUUUUUCCUGCCUCAGGUGAAUGCUGAGAAUGUCGGUGACUAUCAGUGCUGGUUCCAGCCAAGCGAGGGAGAGAAACGUGCUCCAGAGACGUUCACCCUACAUCUUAAGGAGACGUUAACAAUAAAACGACCAGCCUCAUCAUCAGACACACUUCAUUUCGGUGGCAUAGCUACUCUUACCUGUGCACCUUCAAUUCCGAAUACGGGCGCAAGAAGAUUGCGCUGGUAUCACUACAAACCAGCGAAGGCGCCAGAGGCAGUGCUGGAGGCUAUCAACACAACAGCUGAUGGGCUAAAAGAGGUGAUUGAGGAGACGGACGCCUCAAAUGAGGUGAUCCUCCGAGUUCACCUCACCCCUGCUUCACAAGGACGCUAUGUGUGUGCCGCAUUCCCCGAAGAACUCCUCCACUUGGCCAAUGAAGAAGAGCUACAGCAGGAGAUUCUGCUGCAUCAUGCUAUUCAGCACACUUCAACAGACAUUGGCUAUCAAAGCACCGUCGAACUCUCUGGUCUGAGCCAAAUUGGUGACGGUGGAGAACUAAGCCUACGCUGUAUCGGCUAUCCCUCAUUCCCUGAUGAGUAUCUGAACUGGGCCUUCAAGGAGCUUGGCAAGGAAUCUGCCGAAGUUCUUGAUGACGGUGCCCAAACUUCAUUCAGCCUUGCUGACAAGGAGAGAGCAAUGGAUAUAAGGAGCUGCUUUCGGCUCAUUCCCAACAAAACCGUUGCCAGAUGGCCCGGUUCGGAGGAGCCGAGCCUGCAGGCGUCAAAGCAUGAGCCGUACUCCCCGGAUGAGAUUGAAAUCGUCAUAACGAAGAAGUUUAUGGAGGAUCCAGUGUGUCAGGCAUUAGUAGGACAUCUCGAGUGCCGGUACCUAAGGAUAAAUAGACUUCUGCUCUCCUCCUCCACAUCUGCCGUCGCUAUGCUACCAGAAUUUGGACCUCAUCCUAGGAAGUGGCAAUCGCCCUCCCCCACUGCUGAGAAAACGAUUCCACUUGAUGCGAUUCGUGGUAAGAAGGCACCAGAUAUAUUAUGCCAGCGCAAAUACAGAAGCAUUUUACACAACUAUUGA